AUGUCUGCUCAUUUCUUGAGCAAUGGUUAUCAUCUGCUCUCAGAUAGCAGAAGAGGAGCUGGAGGAAACUACACUGUCAGUUCUGCUGCUCUAAAACACACAGGAUUUUAUGUGUGCACAGCAGAGAGAGGAAAACCAGCCUAUUCCACACAGUACAGCAACACACAGUUAAUAUGGGUCACUGGUGUUUCUCCUCCAGUCUCUCUGAUGGUCAGUCCCAGCAGAACUCAACACUUCACAUCUGUCUCUCUCUCUCUGAGCUGUGAGGACAAGAGUAACUCUACUGGAUGGGCAGUGAGAAGAUACACAGACAGUUGGUGGCUGAAAUAUUGUUCAUCAUUACACAGAGGAUCACAAACAGGAUCUACUUGUACAAUCAGAGACACCUUCACAGAGGACACUGGAGUGUACUGGUGUGAGUCUGAAUCUGGAGAGAAAAGUCAUCCUGUUAAUAUCACUGUACACUCUGGUGUGAUUCUGGAGAGUCCUGUUCAUCCUGUGACUGAAGGAGAAACUCUGACUCUACGCUGUUUAGAUCAAAAUACAACCUCACCAAACCUCAGAGCUGAAUUCUAUAAAGAUGGGUCACUCAUCCAGAGUCAAACUACAGAUAUGAUCAUCUCUACUGUCUCAAGGUCACACCAAGGUUUCUACUCCUGCAAACUCCCAGAGAAAGGAGAGUCACCCAAGAGCUGGAUCUCAAUCACAGUGUCUCAUUCAGGAUCUCAGAUCUCUGUCCUCCACACACUCACUUCUGUACUGGCAUUGGAUCUGUUGGAGAACAAGAAACUGCAAUCUGAUCUUAAUCUGUCAUGA